AUGGACACUUCUCCGCAGUCUACAGGUUGGAGGGCUGAUGAAGAAUCUCAAGUUCCCUUUUCUCCCUCCUCAUAUCCUUCACCAGCACCCUCAUUCCCUCCCUCAUCAGCACAUUCAUACCCUUCCUCAUCAACUCCCUGCAACCCUCCAUCAUCAACUCCAUCCUACCCUCAAUCCUCUUACCCUUUCAUGUCUAAACUAUUCCCAACCCUACCCUUUUACUCCCAAUCCUAUCCCCGAACCAUGGCACCCUAUCCACCCUCCUCCUACCACUACCCUGCAGCCCCAUCCCAUAAAACGUCAGAUCAAAUUGACCCACUCCAUUUGCGGCGGGACCGGCCGACGAUACGACGGAAAUCCCGGGAGGCGAACACAACCUAUCUCUGGGAGUUCUUGUUAAAGCUGCUGCAGGACAAGGAGUGUUGUCCGAAGUAUAUCAAGUGGAGUAACAGAGAACAAGGAAUAUUUAAAUUAGUGGAUAGUAAAGCAGUGAGCAGACUCUGGGGACUACACAAGAAUAAACCAGAUAUGAACUAUGAGACUAUGGGAAGAGCUUUGAGGUAUUACUAUCAGCGUGGAAUACUUGCAAAGGUUGACGGUCAACGACUAGUCUACCAAUUCGUCGACGUGCCUAAAAUCGGCGAAAUAAUGGAAAUCAGCUGUAAUGAAUAACAUGGCCGUCUUUUAGUCUGAAGAAAACAUUCAAUAAUAAAUGAAAAAGUUAACAAAUAUAAAACUCUUUCUUAAAAUACUUACACAUCGAUUUUUUUGUUCCUGGGAGUCCCAAACUCAAAACUUAAAAAGUUGAGACCCUGUUGUAUGUAUGUUUAGCACUAUCUGUGAUAAGCUGUUACCAGUUUAGUUUUAUACCGAAAAUAAAUAAAUCUACUAAUAAUUAGUAAA